CUAAGCAGAUCAAAUUUUGGUUCCAAAAUAAAAGGACGCAAACAAAGGCUCAAAGUGAGAAGGCGGAUAAUAAUGGGCUUCGGACCGAAAAUGAGAGAAUUCAUUGUGAAAAUCUAGCGAUGAGGGAGGCACUGAAGAGCAUAGUCUGCCCAAAGUGUGACGGAGAAGAAGAGAGGAAACAUGGCCUUCAACUAUUGAUGAUGGAAAAUGUGCAACUCAAGGAAGAGCACGAACGGUUAUCAACAAUUCUUUCGAGUGUCAUGGGAAGAUCAGCGAUAGAAUCAACUUCCAGUGGAUCUUUGCACGAAGAGAGCAACUAUCUAGCAACUACAGGUGGCGGCGGCGGCGGCUCAUCGGCACCCAUAGCAGAAAAGCGGCAGCAUGAAACCGUCCACGGCCGGAAUACAUAUCCAAAGAAAAGUCCGAAGUCGUUUCCCUUCACACCGUGCGGAGGAGUGCAAGAGAUGGAGAAAGGAAUCAUGAUAGAGACGGUGGCAGCCGCCAUGGAGGAGGUGGUGGAGCUGCUGCAGGCGGAUGAGCCGCUGUGGACGCGAAGCCCCGACGAUGAAGGGAGAUUGGUCCUCCACCUGGAAAGCUACGACAAGCUCUUCGCCAAGAGGAAUUACUUGAGAAGCCGCACUGCUAGGACGGAAUCUUCCAAGGAUUCCGGCAUUGUUUCCGCUACUCCGGUUGAGUUGAUCCAGAUGUGCCUUGAUCCGAUGUACGAGAAAAUGCACGUUCUUUCACCCAUGGUGGCGCCUCGGGACUUCAUUUUCUUACGUUACUGUCAACAACUUGAACCCAACACAUGGGUAAUGGUUGAUGUUUCAUAUGACGACUACUCCUUCAAAGACCUUGUAAUUGACACUACUACUACUUCUGCUUCUUCCUCUCAUGACUCGUGGAGGCUUCCUUCUGGAUGUUUGAUUCAAGAUUUGCAUAAUGGAAAGUCUAUGGUUACGUGGGUCGAACAUGUUCAAGUGGACGAUAAGUUACAAACCCAUUGCCUGUAUAAAGAUUUAAUCCGUGAUGGUUUAGCAUACGGAGCAAAGCGUUGGAUGGCUACGCUUCAAAGGAUGUCGGAACGAUAUGGAUUCUUCUUAGGCUUAAGAAGUGUACCUCCUAGACAUGAACUUGAAGAAGUGAUAAAUGCGCCAUUGGGGAGGAGGAAUAUGAUGCAGUUAUCCCAUAGGAUGGUGAGGACAUUCUACGAAACCCUAAGCAUGCCGGAAAGAAAAGAUUCGACUCAUGAGAAUGGCGGCGGCAAGGUGAGGGUAUCUCUGCGCAGAAGCAACCAACCCGGACAACCCGACGACAAUAGUUUGGUUGUUUGUGCCGCCACCUCUCUCCGGAUUCCUAUUCCACCAGAACAUCUCUUUGAUUUCUUCAAAGACAACAGAUUUAGAGCCCAAUGGGACGUUCUGUCCCAUGGCUACCCCGUCACCGAGAUCGCCCGCAUCUCUACCGGCACCCAUCCCGGCAACUGUGUCUCCAUCAUCCAGGUACAAUAAUUAUAGUCCUCCCUUUGUCCUUAAAAGAUCCCCCCUUCAAUUUCUAGCAAAAAGUCAUUUUUAUCCCUACUAAUUCUUACACGGCAUGUCUGUCCCCUCUUCUCAAGUUAAAAAAAAUCCCCUCUUCUCCUCUCUCUUUUUCAUCUUUACUCCAUCUCAUUUCAACUAUUCUUCCCACUAAGGGGUUGUUUGGCAACUUCUGAAUAGGUAAGUGCUGAACCAGUAAGAGGUCUGAACCAUUAAGAGCUAGUAUAUUGCUUAACUAUUCAGAGGCAAAUGUCUGAUCAAUUCAGAUAAGAGGUCUUAACCAUUCAGACUCUGUAUAAUACUUAACCAUUCAGAGGCAAAUCUCUUAACCAUUCAGACAUCUGAACCAUUAAGAGGCUGAAACAAACAAUCUGAACCAUU